AUGACCUUACCUGUCUUUUCACAUGCAGGAACAAUGAGGAUGAUUCAAGCAGUUAUUCCCCAUAUGAUGGAAAGAAAAGAAGGUACAAUUGUGAAUGUUGGAAGCAUUACAGCCUUGGCUCCAGGACCAUGGGCUGGUGCGUAUUCGGCAUCAAAAGCCGCUCUUCAUGCAUUGAGCGAUACAUUAAGGGUGGAACUAAGAAAUUUUGGCAUAAAUGUCAUGAUAGUUGCCCCAGGAGGUACAAAGUCAAACAUAGGAAGCAAUUCUGCAGACAAGUAUGAUCAAAUAAACGACUGGAAGUACUACAAAAAAUAUGAGAAAUCACUUCGAGCCAGGACGGAUAUAUCCCAGGGUGCCGGGUGUGUUACAGCAGAAGACCUUGCAAAGAGAGUCGUCAAAUUGGUUCUUAAGAAAAAUCCUCCUGCUUGGUUCGCCUAUGGGCAGUUCACUGCUAUUCUGACGAUCCUGUAUUAUGCCCCAUUGUGGUUCAGAGAUUACUUCUACAGGCUGGUCAUGAAAAUGUAA